AGUCAUUCGCGCGCGUCGUUUGUGGCGACUUGUCUGCGUUUCGCUCGCUCUUAUUGCAUGCUGUAUUUACAAUUUCAGUGUUGUUGUUAUUAUCAUUGAACGUACUAAACAAGUGACUAGUGUUUGUGACAGUGUGAAAUAAUACAGUUGCUGUAUAGCAGGAUUAAUUGCGUGCUAUUUUGUGGUUUGCGAGAAGCAGACAGCCACGGCAGGCGCCGAGCGCAGCUCGGGACAUGCGGUCAGAGCGUGGAGGGCGCGGCGCUGCGUGAUGUGGCGCGCGUCCCGCGGCCUACCGCCGGCGGCGUGGGCGUUGCCGCUGCUGCUGGCGUGCGCCAGCCACGCCGCCGUCGUCAACAAGCUCGCCCCUGGAAUAUGUCCAUCUUUGGAUAUAAGAGGCUCCCCGGAGAACAUGCAGAAGCUACGGGGCUGCCAAGUGAUAGAGGGCCAGCUAAGCAUAGUGCUUAUGGAGCACGCAACUCCCAAGUCCUUCGAGAACAUAUCCUUCCCUGAACUCAGGGAGGUAACAGACUUCAUCAAGAUUUACAGAGCGAAAGGCAUACGCAACCUUGGCGAUAUAUUUCCGAACCUGACUGUAGUGCGAGGGUUGCAGCUCUAUAAAGAUUAUGCUAUUGUGAUUUAUGACAGCGCACAUCUUGAGUCACUGGGACUCCGCUCUUUGACGAAGAUUGAACGGGGUGCCGUUCGAAUCCAACUCAACGAUCGACUGUGUUAUACCAACACGAUAAAUUGGAGUGCGAUUGUGAGCGAAAAUGAUCUGCCUAAUAUUAAAAUCAAUUCCAAUUACGACAAUCGACUUUGCGGCCUGUGUCCGAACGCGCAAAGCCGGAAUGCGCAAAGUAGGAACAACAAGGAACAAAAGCCUUCGCAGAAGCAGUGUCCAGCGGACUCUACGGGCCGUCUGCUAUGCUGGGACGACAAACAUUGUCAGCAUAUAUGCCCGAUCGAGUGCGAGCCGCAGCACGGCUGCACGGCCGACGGGCGCUGCUGCAACGCGUCGUGUCUCGGCGGCUGCACCGGCAGCACUGCCAAAGACUGCUACGUGUGCCAGAACUUCUCCAUCGGCUACGGCUCCGAGCGCCGCUGCGUCGAGCAGUGCCCAGCUAACACUUACCAGCUGGCGCGUCGUUGCGUCACAGAGCAAGAGUGCCGCCAGAUGCCGGUGCCUACUCCCGGCUCGCUCGACCUGAACCGGCCGGCGCCCGUCAUCAAUGCGUACAAGAUCCUCAACAGGACCUGCGUCUACAACUGCCCUAGCGGCUACAUGGAGGACGGUGACGUCAGCAACGCUCGCUGCACGCCGUGUCCAGGCCAGCGCUGCAAGCGGGAGUGCACCGGGGCCAAGAUCGACUCUGUCGCCGCGGCGGAGCAGUUCCGAGGGUGCACGCACAUCAAGGGCACCCUAGAGAUAGCGGUUCGGGCCACAGGCGGUAACACCAUGGUCACAUUGGAAUCGUUGGGCGAGAUUCGAGAGAUCCACGGGUGCCUCAAAGUGACGAGAUCUUACACGCUCAUCUCAUUGAUGUUCCUGAAAAACCUCAAGAAAAUCACUGCUAUACCAACAGAAAACAAAGGUCAAGCCUUACACAUAUUCAACAACCCUAACCUGGAAAUAUUAUGGGAUUGGUCAGUGCACGGACCGCUGGAUAUAACUGGAACUCUGUACAUACAUUUGAACCCGAAGUUAUGUUACCAUCAGAUACUGCCUCUUCAAAACAUGACUAACCCGCGAUCGAAUUUUACCGAGAUAGAAGUCUCUGAAGAUAACAACGGCGACCAGGCUUCAUGUUCUCCCAAAAGCCUCCAGCUGAAGGUGAGCAAGAUAGGCCGCAACUGGGUGGUGCUGCAGUGGGACACGUAUUGCGUGGCCGACAUCCGCAAACUGCUGGGUUACUCCAUCUACUACAUCCCGGCGGAGAAUGACGUCACGCUCUAUGAGCACAGGGACGCGUGUUCCGACUUCUGGAACGUCCUCGACUUCACCAUCGACGAGGCGCGCGGCCACAGCAACGGCACUAACGACGACUCCAGCCAGCUGCUCGGCGACAUCUGCAAGCAGUCGCAGCCGCAGUUCAAAAUCAUCCGCUCGCUGACGCCGUUCACGCGGUACGCGGCCUACGUCAAGACGUAUACCACGCAGCAGGACAAGAAGGGAGCGCAGAGCCCGAUCAUUUAUUUGCAGACGCUGCCUGGACGCCCCAGCCCUCCAGCGGGCCUGACCGUAGAGUCAACGGGCCCGCACUCCGUGAAGAUCAAGUGGUCGCCUCCCACCAUGCCCAACGGGACCAUCAUGUUGUAUCAUGUCAAAAUACAGGCCAACAGCUACAACCGGCCCAAGAUCCUUGCCUGGCGCAAUAAUUACUGCGGCAAUCCGAAUGCAUUGGCGAAUAUAAUCGCCGGUCGCGGCGAGAAUAUUCCUGAGAAGGAGGAAGCCAAGACGACGGGGGAGGUGAAGAAUGGCUCUUGCUCGUGCAAGGAGGAGAAGUCCGGAACUAAGUUCACGUCGCGAGCGGAGGAGGAGCGCGACGAAACCAUCAACUUUGAGAAUGGCUUGCAAAAUACGGUGUACAUAAAAACAUCGAGGAAUGAUAAGAACUACGAGAGCUCUGGAAACAGUCGAGCGCGAAGAUCCGUCGACAUGACGCUCAAUAGUAUGCUGGUCAUCCUCACGGAGAACCACGACCCCGUCCUCGGCCUAAACUACACCAACACUACGGACAACGAAAGGUACGUCCAGUCGUUGUACUACGAGUUGUCAAACAACACCAAGUCUCUGACCGUGACUGACAUGCGUCACUUCACUUGGUACACUGUCAACGUGUGGGCCUGCCGCCACAAGUACGAGAAUGAGAGCGACGAAGAGUACGCCGACACCUGGUGCUCUAAGCGCGCAUUCAACACCUUCCGUACGCUUGAACUCACAAACGUAGACGUAGCGGCCCGCUUGCAAGCGGAGGUGCUGCCCUCUAACAAGACCUUGCCCGAAGUGAACGUGACCUGGGAGCCGCCGCAGAACCCCAACGGAUUUGUCGUCGCCUACAACGUGCACUACACAAGGAUUGAGGACACCAAUCAGGCACAAGACGUAGGUCUGCAGACGUGCCUGAUGGCGGACGACUACGAGAGCAACGGGCGCGGCUACCUCAUCCGCAACCUGCUGGCCGGCAACUACAGCAUCCGCGUCACACCCAUCACCGUCAGCGGCGCAGGAAAUGUAUCCGACAUCUACAUUUACAUACCGGAGCGCACCGCGGACUCAGGCUACGAAUGGGUAUGGGGCCUAGUAGGCGGCUGCGUGGUGAUGUCGCUGCUAGUGGGCGGCGGCAUCUGGUACGCGCGGCGCGGGCUGUUCGCACCCCCAGCCGAAGCCAACAAGCUGUUCGCAAGUGUCAAUCCUGAGUACGUGUCGUCUGUCUACGUGCCUGACGAGUGGGAGGUGCCGCGCGCUAACAUACAGUUCGUGAGGGAGCUGGGACAAGGAUCUUUCGGCAUGGUAUAUGAAGGAAUAGCGAAGAGCAUUGAAAAAGGCAAGCCAGAAACUCGGUGCGCUGUGAAAACUGUCAAUGAACAUGCCACUGACAGGGAGCGCAUCGAGUUCUUGAACGAGGCUUCAGUCAUGAAGGCGUUCGACACGUUCCACGUGGUGCGUCUGCUGGGCGUGGUCUCGCGGGGGCAGCCCACGCUGGUCGUCAUGGAGCUGAUGGAGUGCGGCGACCUCAAGACCUACCUGCGUUCACACCGCCCCGACUCCGAGAGCUCGCUGCCCAAGAAGGGCGGCGGGAACCCGCCGACGCUGCAGAAUAUACUGCAGAUGGCUAUAGAAAUAGCUGAUGGUAUGUCAUACCUGUCGGCGAAAAAAUUCGUGCACCGCGACCUCGCGGCGCGCAACUGUAUGGUGGCCGGGGACCUCACCGUCAAAGUGGGCGACUUCGGCAUGACCAGAGACAUUUAUGAGACUGAUUACUAUAGGAAAGGCACCAAGGGCCUACUGCCGGUGCGAUGGAUGAGCCCCGAGAGCUUAAAAGACGGGGUUUUUUCAAGUAGUAGCGACGUGUGGAGUUACGGCGUCGUUUUAUGGGAGAUGGCUACAUUAGCCAUGCAGCCCUAUCAGGGCUUAUCAAACGAGCAAGUGGUCCGCUACGUGGUGUCGGGCGGCGUGAUGGAGCGGCCCGAGCACUGCCCCGACCGCCUGUACGAGCUGAUGCGUGCGUGCUGGGCGCACCGGCCGCACGCGCGCCCGUCCUUCCUGCGCCUCGUGGCCGACCUGGCGCCCACCGCGCAGCCCUACUUCCGGCAGCGCUCCUUCUUCCACUCGCCGCACGCGCAGGAGCUGUACGCGUUACAGCGCUCCGCCACAGACGAGGAGCAGGAGUUGCCGGAGGUGAACGUGGGCGCGGUGGCCACCGGCUCCGGCUCCAACCUGUUCGGCGUGUCGGGGCGGCUGGCGUCGUGGGUGCGCGAGCUGUCGUCGCUGCGGUCGCGCGCGUCCGACGACGCCGCCGCCGAGCCGCUGCAGCCCGUGGCGCCGCACGAGCCCCGCGCGGUCAACGGCCAGCUGCCCGCCAACACCGGCUGCUAGCCCGCGCGCCCGCUGCUGCCCCGCCUGCGAGCGCUGCGUAACACGUAACCCUACAGCUGCCAACGUUGGCUAAUGUCACAUGUAAGGCUGGUUUCAGAGUAACGCUGGCGGCACGCGCGUCUCAAAAGCGCGCGCAUGACCGACGGACCGCUGUGUCUUAAGUAGGGUUGCCAGAUGGAAACUUACCAAAUCCGGGACAAUCCUACUAGGACAACGGUGUUGGGACUUGGCCAUAGUAAAAAUAUCUUAGUUUCUCAAAUGAUUUAAUUUGUAUUUCAAAAGAAAAUGCCAUUUAUUUUUAAAUACACACUUUUAUUAAAUAAGUAAUGUACGUCAACGUACAGAAUAGGACUCACAGGCAGGCCAGCCGUGUCAUUUGUUAUUACAUAUUAGUUUAUUUUGACACAAAACUAUUAGGUUUUCGGAAAUCCGGGACAGUAAUGUCUAAUUACUGGACACGGGACAAGACGCAAAAUUCCGGGACAAUCCCGGAUUUCCCGGGCAUCUGGCAACCCUAGAAGCAGGGUACUCAUCUAGCCGUGUAGCAUGUAAUGUAUCAGAUACUGUAUCAAGUUAGUACAUAGGCACGAGCCCGCUGCUCGCGCGUGCUUCGCAGGGAGAUCACAGCGACCCGCCGAGUGGCGGUAUCACUGCGAGCACGAAGGCGGCUCGCAGCCAAAUACGCGAUGACCGUGGACGAGCCGUACUCACUUGAAGGUUGGUUACGUUACAUGCUACAUGGCAGGUGAGUACCCUGCCUUAUUAUCGCGCGUUUCUUUGCGAUGUGUCGGACGGCGCGCGUCUCACAAACGGCGCGUUUGAACGUCGUGUCUAUGAAACGCAAAUACUACCAAGUGUAAUUGUAAGCGCGCGCGUGUGACUGGCGCCGGUCAAACGCUUGACUCUGAAAUCAGCCUAAGUGAUGAAUCAUGCGUGACCCCGAAAUAAUGUUGAUGGUUUUUAUUUAGUCAGAAAACUUUAUCGUGUUGAGUUCCUUGCACCGCGUUUAUUGAUCAUCGAUCUUUAAGUUGUCUCGAAGUAGUGGUAAACGGUUAAUCUUUUAUCAUAGUGAUAUUAAAUCUUUUACAUCUUUAAAAGUAUCUAGUAGUGCUACGAUUAUAAUAAUUACAAUCCUUAACUGUAGACGAUCUUGUAUUAUUUAAUUAAAACAAACAUUAUAGCGGGGUCACAUAUGAACCCAUACUGUAGUUAUAGGGUUACAUUUUACUUAACGGUUCAAUCGACAGAUUUAGUCGACAGUCGUGCGUGACAGUGGGCAGCAGAGUACUCGGCGUGUAAACGCAAGCGGAUUUGGUCUCGACGGGAACGAUUAUUUCUAGGGCUGACGUUCACUCGAAGGGAUAAUAUUUCUGAUGUAACCGUAACACUGAUUCAGUUGAAAAUUAUAAUCGCCCUUCGUUCUCUGCGAGACCGGAGCCGCUGGUUCUAUCUACCUCAGGUCGGCCGCCGUGGUGGGCGCGCGGCCGACUCUUCGAAUCCUAGUUGUAAGCGUAGCUAGUGAAUUGUUCGACGCGGGCGGUGCCGCUCGCCGCGUCGGUUAUUUAUUUGUCGGCGCGCGGGCCCGCGAGUGCCGUGCGCAGUUGCGGUUCUUUUCGUCUGACGAUUCGUUUCAUAUCAGGAAAUUAAUAUUUUUGCUGAGGCGAUAUUGAUGAGUCGAUCUGUUUCGACGCGAAUCCUAUAUAGUUUACCUCAAUAAAAUAGUUGUAUCGGUGUCAUUUUUGACAGAGCCUAUUAAUGUUAAGUUACGUUUAAGAUGUAAAGUGUGUAUGUAUAGGUACGUUAACGCGUAGACUAGGUCGUGUACAAAUUAAUUUUAUUUAGUUCUUCGCAUGUGACCAGCGGUUUUCCGUUUUGAAAUAGUUUCAGACGAGUGGCGAAUUUGUCGAUAUUGUUGAAUUAAAGUUAUUGUUAAAAGCGCUUUUUGUUGAAAGUGCACAACAUUCUACGAAUUAGUUACUCGUGUGGCACUGUGGUACACUUUGUGCAACUGUUUAUAAUACUCGGUAUGUUCUACACUGGCUCUAUAUUUCUCCUCAUUAUUAAAAUAUAUAUAUAUAUUUUAUUAAAUACGCCAGCGAUACAAAAUUUGAUAAAUUAAUCAGGUGACUAAACAUUUUGACUUCCAUAUGGUGUUAUCAAUAGUUGCAAGAAGGAUGAGCUAAUGACAGACCAUACAAUGCAGACAGAAUGGUUUAAGAAUCUGAAAUCAAUGUGUUCUCAAUCAAUUACAAUGCAAUAGAAUUUACCUGCCAUUGUUGUUACAUAGUUAUAUUAUCUAAUAUUAUUGUUUUACUGUGAGAAAUAUACUCUACAUUUUAUAUUUGUAUAAAUGACCGCGACACUUAUACCUAUAUUAUCUAUUUAUGUAUGAAAUGCAACCGGUGUAAACAGUGGAAUUAUGUAUGUAAAGUAAAUAUAAUUGGAAAUUUUAGCGGUACCAUCUUGUUAUACUAUAUGUAUUACAUAUAAUAACUACGCUACAUGUGUUGAAUGACUUGGUAUGUAAAUGGCAACUAAACGUUUUAAAAUGUAUUUAUCUGAAUGUAAUAAAAUAAUCUCUUGAAAAUACAUAAUUAGUCAAAUUCUUGUGCAUACGUAGAUACAAACGCACAAUGACGUGAUCAUCUUUAUAGAACAAUAAAAUUGAGCUGGUGAAAAUACAAAAAUAGGAUCAAAAUCAAUCAAUAUUUAAACUAGGUAGUUCAUAGUUAUUAGUUCAUUAAACUACACUCGCGAGCAAAAGUAUGGAAUCACCCCAUUCAUAAAAUAGAAGAUUAGUUUGUGUAAUAUAAUCUGUAUUUAAUCUAAUAUUUUCACUUCAAAUAAAUUUCAAAUCUUUCUUAAUUUUAAUUAGUAAAAUACAAAUAGGUUUUCUCUACUAGGGGUUCCUCGUUUUUGUAUGUUCAUCAGCCGAAAUAGUUCAAGAUGGCCACGCGCGCUGUAGCGGUGUGUCUUCGAUUGUUAUGAUUAUAAUGUGGAUAAGAAAAUUAUAAAUCUUAAUGUAAAUUAUUCAGGAAAAGCAUAGUCGCGGGGUGGAAUUACAUAUUUUGUAAUGCAAUUAUUAAUAUUUUUAAUUGUUCUUAAUUAUAAUGUGUUACUUAUUAUCACUAAUUUAUAGCUAUCUCAAUAAUUAUUAUUCUGUAAAUUAUGCGCUAGCUACAUGUCUUCUAUCUUAAAUUCAUUGUUAAAAGGACUUGUGAAGGAUUACCUAUUGCUAACGUAAGUUUUAGAUAAAAUAGCUAACGGAGGAAUUCGAAUUAAGCAGGUUCAUAAAUUUAUAUUUUAUUAAUGAACAAUACCAAUUAAUUUUUACAUGUUGAAGGUAGUCAUCUAUAAAGUUAACUGUAAUAAUUAGACUCCAAUUUACAAUCCUGGACAUUGGACUGCAGACUUAGAAAUUUAUUGUGGUCCAGUGCGGUAAUAGUACUAUAACGAUAACGUGGUUUAAGGGUAUUAAACGAGUGCCUUCAAACAUCCAGCCUUCAACAGAAUGCAGGAUUGUUGAUUGUUUGAGAUAGACAUGACAUUCAAUUUAUACACAGAUGGUAUACGAAUCGGGCGAUUCCAUUUGUGUGUGUGCGACUUGUUUGCAAACAUUUAUCUCAAUAACUUUAAUAUACUUAUUUCAAAAGGAGAUAGCAAAUAACUGUGCCACAGAAUGAGUUUCAACGAGGCUGGCGUGGGCAAUGAGUUAGAAAAAGGGCACCUGUGCAUACCACGUCGUGUUCUUAUACUGUGGCCAUUCGGAUUAUUUUUUGCGGUCGACAGAAGUCGGAACGACUUCUCAAUGAGAACCGGCGCCGUGUGCACAGUGAGUAUUGGUGUUUAUGAAGGGCUCAAGGCACGUUGCAUCUAAUGUGGUUUUAUUAUCAAAUAAAGGAAAAAAAAACAUCGAUUUCAAAUUAUUUUCCAAAGUUAAAAUCCAAAUAUAUCUUUAAUUUUAGAAAUUGCAUAGUGCCUUUUGCUCAAUUUAUGAAAAUAUAAGUUAAAUGUAACGGUAUGUAAGUGUAAUGAUAAAUAUUGUAGGGCCAUAUUUCCGUUCCACCUUGCAUCGUUGUAGGCGAGCAGCGCGGGCGCCGGGCGCGGCCCGCUGUCGCACAACGUUGCCUCACACGCCUACACCUACGGGACUAACUGAUUACCUUUUAUCGUUUACGCUCUUAUUUUUAUCAGUAUUUACUUAUAAUUGUGAUUGUUUACCUAGUAAGGCAGUUACAUUACCUCAUUUUUAGUAAUUAUAAUAUUCGUAAAUUAUUGACUGAUAAAAUAUAUUUUUCCAAAUGAUGUGUUCCUCGUGUGAUUUGUGUGCGUGUUUAUGUGAAGUGUUGGGGUAGCGUUGUGCUUUAUGCUCAAUUUAGAUACAAUUCACCAAACGAUUGAGAUAGUGUACAAUUUUUUAUAUUUAAUUUAAUGAGAACCGAGUACCUAUUAAUAAUAAUUUUAAUAUUUAUAUUAUUAAUAAAAUGGUUAAAACUAGUGAAGCAUAGUUUUGAAUAUCAAAGUGUAUCCUAAUUAUACCCCUUGUUUGAAUAUAUUUUAUAACGAGUUAAAACAAAGCCUAUACAUUUCUCAAUAAAAUCAAUUUUUCAAUAA